GGCAAAUCUCUUAACCAUUCAGACAUCUGAACCAUUAAGAGGCUGAAACAAACAGUCUGAACCAUUAAGUGUUGAACCAUUCAGACAUCUGAACCAUUAAGAGGCUGAAACAAACAGCCCCUUAAUGGUUCAGCACUUACCUAUUCAGAAGUUGUCAAACAGUCUCUGAAUCAAUUAUUAAGUGUCCACAGCUGUCAGUGGGCUUUCUAGUUUCUACUCUGGUCUGGGCCGUACAUCUCGCGGGUCAGUCCAACGCAAACUGAGAGAGAUGGACUUUUUCCCGACGACUCGACGCAGCCGUAAACCGCCGCCGCCGAAGGUGGUGGACAUCUACUCCACCGCGGACGACGAAGGGGAGCACAUAAGUGACCCCGCAGAAACGGAUGGCUCGGACCUCUACGCCACGAUGGUCGUCAAGGAGGACGUCGUCGUCGAUGAUGAUCCGAACGACGACGAUUCGCUGCCUCCGCUACUCAAGCGACUCCCUAAGGACUUCGGCGGCGGCGGUCCAAUUGAUUCCUGUUCCGAUUCCGACAGCGAGCCGGCCUCGAUUUUCGGAACUAUGAUAGUCAAGACCAACCGUGGCUCGAUGUAUUCUAACCCGUCGUCUCCGUUCCGAAAGCCUAGCUCCGGACCGGCGUCGUAUUGGGAUCCGAGUAAGAGAAGCGCCGGGAGGAGAUUUGAGGAUGAUGAUGAUGAUGAUGAUGAGGAUGAAGAGGAAGAUGAUGAAGUUAAUUUCUCGACGUUUGUGGUGAAGGAGAGGGAUUUUGAUUCGGGGACAGUGGUGACCAGGCCUAUAAAAAGUGGAAGUGGCGGAACCAGUGGAUCAUCCACUAUGAGUAGAGCUGUGGCUAGUAUGCAGGCUGUGGGGGAGAUAAGACAAUCUAAACAGAGGAGAAGCGGAAGUGGUUGGACACAGGAGGAAGAAUUACGGGGGAGCAAGAUCUCUUCGAGUUCUAUUCCAGAGAGUAUUACCAGGGAAGAUCCCUCUACCAAGUACGAAUUGCUCCAUGAACUUGGGAAGGGAUCAUAUGGGGCUGUGUACAAAGCUCGAGAUCUGAGGACAUCAGAACUGGUUGCAAUUAAAGUCAUAUCGUUGAGUGAAGGGGAGGAAGGCUAUGAAGAAAUUCGUGGUGAAAUUGAAAUGUUGCAACAGUGCAGUCAUCCAAAUGUUGUUCGAUACCUUGGGAGCUACCAAGGAGAGGAGUAUCUUUGGAUUGUGAUGGAGUACUGUGGGGGUGGAAGUGUUGCAGAUUUAAUGAAUGUCACUGAUGAGCCACUUGAUGAGUACCAAAUUGCAUACAUUUGCAGAGAGGCAUUGAAGGGCUUGUCCUACUUGCAUUCAAUAUUUAAAGUUCACAGAGACAUUAAAGGCGGUAAUAUUUUACUUACUGAUCAAGGAGAGGUAAAGUUAGGUGAUUUUGGUGUAGCUGCACAGCUCACUAGAACAAUGUCUAAGCGUAACACGUUCAUCGGAACUCCACAUUGGAUGGCUCCUGAAGUUAUUCAAGAAAGUCGCUAUGAUGGAAAGGUGGAUGUAUGGGCUCUUGGUGUAUCUGCAAUUGAAAUGGCAGAGGGUCUUCCUCCAAGAGCAACAGUGCAUCCUAUGAGGGUACUAUUUAUGAUAUCAAUUGAACCAGCCCCAAUGCUUGAGGAUAAAGAGAAAUGGUCUCUUGUGUUUCAUGACUUUAUUGCAAAGUGCCUCACUAAGGACCCCCGUCUUCGUCCAACUGCAGCAGAGAUGCUUAAGCACAAAUUUAUCGAGAAAUGCAAAACUAGAGCAUCUGUUAUGGUUUCCAAGAUUGAGCAGGCGAAGAAAAUACGGUCGUCAAUGGCUUUGGAAGCACAAAAUAUUGUUCAAGAACCCCCUUUACCAGGCUCAGAUGUAUUAGGUGGCAUAAAAAUAAAUGAAGAAUUCGGUGAUACUGUUCCCUCUAAAGCUAAUGUUGGUUAUGGAGUGUCACCUGCAACCGGUUCUCAAAGCUUGGUGGAGCCUACUGGAGAUGGUGAGUUUGGAACCAUGAUAAUCCGAGAUGGAGUUGACAUACAUAAGACAGCUACUCACACUCCACAUACAAAUUCUGAGCCAUCGGCUACUCUCAGGAAUGGUGAAAGUGCUUGUACCCCUGGUCGUGAAGAACCUGAACCUUGGACGCAAAACGAGGUUAAUGUUAGCUCCCCUAUAGGGACACCUCAACAUAUACACGUUCAAACAAGUCCGCCCGCAAUCAUUCCUUCCCCUGAUCAUGAUCUGAAAGGAAACUUCACGCAAAGCGGAGGUCCAGUGAAGAAUGAAACAGUCAAUAGGAAAGCUAUGGAUAAGCUCUGGUCAAUAUACUCUGCUGGUAACACAGUACCAAUUCCCUUUCUGAGGGCAACUGAUAUUUCACCUGUUGCACUGUUGUCUGAAAAUGUGCUCGGUGGUUGGCAACGAGAUGCUAGUGGGAACAUAGGCGUGGAUGCAGUUCAGGAACUCUUAACUGGUGAUGCUCAGUUAAGGAAGGGCCGAACUAGACAAAAUGAGGUUCCACUUCCUCCGAGUUUAUACAGGAGAUUAACCUCCAGUCCUUCGCUAAUGAAUCUCACACAGGCAUUGGCCUAUCACAGGAUGUGCUAUGAAGAGAUGCCUCUCCAAGAAAUGCAAGCUACACAAGAACAGCAGACCAUUCAAAACCUUUGUGACACACUGAGAACUAUUUUACGACUGUAGGUCGAAUCAAUUUCGAACGUACGUUUUUUUAUUCAGUUAAGGCAAAGUCUUAUGUGGUCCUCGAUCAACGGUCAACGAACCUUAGUACAUAAUCACUAUGAUAGAGUUGGGCUUUUUGCAAAACAGAAAAGAUCAACUUGUAAGCCCAUACAAAGCGUGAGAAAGUCAACAUUUCACAUGUGGCCUUAGGAUCACGGAAACACAACUCAUCAACUAAAAUCCUGUUGUGUACUUGUUGCAUGUCCAUUUGUAAGAUAGGAGAAUAUGUGUUCGCAUUGUAUUCAUUUUCGUCCCAUUCGGUCGAUUUGGGUCUCGCUUGAGCCCGGGUCUCUUGAAAUGUCUCUCCAGGUAGGGGUGAGGUCCGCGUGCAUACCUCUCGAGACUCUAUUUCUUGUGUGAUUUCACUGGAUCCGUUGUUGUCAAUUGGACCGGGUCAUAUCAUGAUCCUCUCGGGUCCCAACAAGGCAACAAGUGUAAAGAGUUUUUUACACCAUUCCUGCUAAUGCUGUUAUAAU